CGCCUUUCCUGGAGGUCAAAGGAAGCCGGCUGCAGGCAGCGUGUGACCCGGCUCGAUGUUGGGCUGACCUUCUUUCUGACCCGUUGGGUUACUUAGAGACCGGGAGUGCCGAGGACAAUGGCUGCCCGUCUGGUUUUCCGUUCGUCCCGGCUGCUGGCAGCGUCUGCUUCCGCGGUGUCCCCUCCAUGCACGCUCGCGCAGGAGUGUUUUAAAGUUUGCCAGGUCGCACCGCCUCUGUCACAGCGUCUGCCCCUCCAUACCUCCAGCCUCUGCAGACACCAGGACAAGCUCCUGGCCAAAGAACGGACGCUGAACUCGCAGGCCGAGCGCAGCGACUUUGACUCUGACCUUCUGUCUGCCUCCGGAGCGGACGCUUUGCUGCAACUCAGCGUAGAUCACGAUGUCAACGGGAAUCAGGCGGCCAUCGUUCUUUCCCGGGUCUCGAGAGCAGUGAUGGAAACCAAGGCUGACCCGGCCGCUGUCAUACAGGACAAAAGAUUUCAACGGCUUCUCCAAGUCAUGCAUAAACAGAUCUCCACUAUUUGGAAUGGAAACCUGGUGGCUCUUCUGAAGAAUCUGCACUCGCUGGGGCUGGCGGAGGAGAGCAAGCCGCUGAAGUCGGUGCAGACCGAGGUCUGGUGGCGGCUGCGGAGACUCGGCUUCAAGUCGCUGGUGCAGCUGGCCGAUUUCUACAUCUCGUUGCCCCGGACCGAAGACCGGAACAGCCUGGUGGGCGACCUUGUGAAGAACCUGGAGCUGCGGUGGACAGAGAUUGAAGACGUGAAAACCGUGGUGUACCUGAUAACCCGGCUGGGCUUCAGUUCCAGCAGCCUCAUGGACAGAUUAGAGGACAAGGCUUUGGAAUUUGCAGAGCAUUUCACCCCAGAAGACACCCGGAAGGUAGCGCUGGCGCUGGCCGCGCAGAACCGUCGCUCCGUGCCCUUACUGAGAGCGCUGUCCUAUCACCUGGUGCAGAAGCAGAUAGCUCUCAGUCCCGCCGUUUGGGUCGACUUGGCGUUCGCCUAUGGGAAGCUGAAUUUCCACCAGACGCAGGUAUUCCAGAAAAUCGCCUGCGACCUCCUGCCCAAGGUGCCCGGGAUGAGCGCCAACGACAUCUCCCGCUGCGUCAAAUCCUUCGCCUAUCUCAAGUGGUCCAACCUGCCGCUGUUUGAAGCGUUCGUCCAGGCCAGCAUCAGCAACGCCGACGCGUUUUCCGUCCCCCAGCUCUGCAACCUCGUCCUGGCCUUCGCUCGACUCAACUUCCAGCCCAGCCGACGCGAGGACUUCUACGGCAUGGUGCACCAGAGGCUCCGCUCGGCGUUGGACGCGAUGGACCGGCAGCUGCUGCUGGACGUCGUGUGGUCGCUCUGCGUGCUGCAGCAGGCGGACGCCUCGUACUUACGGCGGGUGCUGGAGCCGGCGUUCAGCAGCGAGGUCUCAGGCGAUGAUUCAUCCAGAUCUUCCAACUACAGGCAGAAGCUGGCCCACGUAAACGCCACGGCGCUGCUGGAGGUCCCGGAGUACGGGGGGCCGCUGCUCCAGCCAGACACGCUGCACGCGGCGCUUACAGCAUUCGGAGAGCGCAAACCAACGCCGUUACAGACGGGCCUGAGGGAGGCGCUCGCCGGCUUGUUUCCCGUGGAAGGAACGUGUCGCUACGGCGUGCCCACCGUGUACGGCUGGCUAAUCGACGCAGAGGUGGUUUUAGACUCUGAGAAUAAUCCCGUUCCGCUGCAGGACCUGACGGCGCCGCAUCUGCUGAAGUCGAGUGGAACGCAAGCGUUACCGCAGGGGGCCCGGAGGGUUGCCUUUCUGAGCUGGGAAUUCCCAAACUUCAAUUCUCGCAGUAAGGACCUCCUUGGCCGCUUCGCUAUGACCCGACGACACCUUCAGGCGGCCGGCUUUCUGUUGGUGGAGGUGCCGUAUUACGAGUGGCUGGAUCUGAAGUCCGAGUGGCAGAAGUCGGCUUAUCUAAAGGACAAGAUUAGUAAAUCUAUAGCCGAGGAGAUGGCCCGGUGAUGCCCGGGGGCACCUCGCCCGAGGCGAUGUACAUAUGGACAGAGUGUAUGGACAGUGAUGCGUUCUGGCAGUGAAAGGGUUAUAUUUUAAUAUCCUGUAUUUCAAUGGAACUUGUCGUUAAAUUAUAAAUGGGGGGGCGAGACCCAAAACGCACAAAAAUAAACCCAAAAUGAUAAAUGG